UAUCAAGUAUCAGCAAGUAGAUCAGUGUAAUUUCAAGCUGAGGUCAAAGGUCAGCUGGUAUCAAUUAAACUAUGUUACAAAAGACUGAUUUUGAUUAUUCCAUAUAAUUUUGAAACCUUUAGUUAAACUUGGGUAUUUUGAUGAUACAUGAAAAUUAAUUAAAAUUGUUUUUUGUGAGUCAUCAAAUACAUGAGUAUAUUUUAGGUCACUUGGUCAAGGUCAAAGAUCAUUUAAGAUCAAUUAACUAAUAAAAAAUUCUAUGUUUUGUUCAUUAUUUAAAAAGUAUUUUAUCAAACCGUUAAUGAAUCACUUAAUGCAUGCAAGACUGCCAGGGGCAUUCCACUUGACUUGUUAAAUUCCAUUUUAGUUUUAUUGCUUACAGCUACAGUGGUCAUUUUGCUUAUUCUGAUAUUCAUUUUGUUUUUCUCUUGCGUUCGUUCCCCUCUACAGCUCAACUGCAACCAGGGCAAAUGGAAGAAAUGACACAAUCAUUCGCAUUGAUGUCUGUGCCAGGUUCCCUAAAAAGUGCGGAAGCAGUUGCAGGUGACCAACAUGGUCAACCCCAGGUAAUGAAUGUCCACCCAGCCAGCCAGAUGUCCACUCAGUCAAGUCGAGGGUCCUUGAGGAAAAGACCAGGUGCGAUUGUUCAGUCUGAUCCCGGCGUCUCACCAAACCAGAAGCCAUGUAUCCAACAGCACUCUCCUGUUGAUGAUAGAUCUCCUCCUCUUCCAGGCAGUGGUCAAGUUGGAAGAGGUCCUGCAGGUGCCUGUGGUCAGGUUAUCAGCUAUGGUGGUGGAGUGCAGGCACAGCCUGUAGAACAUCCGUCAGAUGAGCCAUCCCUCAAAUCCAGAGAUUCUCUUCCAAGUAUCAAGGAAAGGGAUCAAGUAGGAUCACAAAAGAUACAACAAAUAAAACUCCUCAAUGUGCAACCAGAAUCAACUACAGGAUCAGCACAACUAUCAGUUCCUGCUCAGCCGAGUUCUGGAACCCAAGAAGAUGAUGAUGAUGGGGGACUCUGGCUUCAUCCAUCUGGAAAGACACCAGAUCGACCUGUUAACCCUAAGACAGCAUGGGCUGAAUCAACCACAUCCACACAAUCUGACCAAAUAAGUCCGUUGCAAUCCCGGGAAUACACUCCACCUGCAGUCAACAGAACACCCGAGUCAUCUGCAGCGAGCAGUGCUUUGUCAGGAGAUGUGGCUCUUUCUGCUUCUCAUUCUCUUAAGGAUUAUGAAGAGAAUACUAGGAUAAGUACAGAAACAGGAAACAUGUCUUUGGAUGAAAUUAAUGACAUUUUCUGUUCUAAAGAUACAGAGAAAGAUAGCAUAUGUAGCAAGAGUAUGGAAAGUCCCGAAUUAGAUGUGGUUGAAGACGUUGCAGAAAAUUUUUCUAAGAUGCAAGUAAACAAGGAGAAGAGAGAAGAAGAUAAAGAGAAAGAUGACGAGGAUGAGAAAGAAAAGUGUGAAAUUGAGUCUGAAUCAGAGGAAGAAAUAGAAGAAGUUGAAAAUAUGCCAGAAGACGGGAACAUACCCGAAGCUCUGACGAUAUCAGAAGCUCGGAGGAUGUCGGAUGCCAGUGCAAGCAACAUUGAGCCAGUUGAACUCGAAGACGAAUACAUCAAUCUUCCAACGAAAAAGGAAGAAAUGCCAGAUUCUGACGUGGGUACUUUUGAAUCCAGUGAAGGGUCAUGGCCAGCUCUUGCUGUAGCACAACAGCUAAGUGAUGAGAAGGCUAGGAAGGAGGAGGAAGAGGCUAAAAUUGAGUAUGACCCGACCACAGGGAUAGAGAAGACAUUGUAUGAGAAGAUGAAGGAACAUCCUGAAACUCUAUCAUCAGCGGAACAUGAUCUUAUCAAGAAGCAAAUGAUGCAACAUCUGCAGAAGAAAGCCAAUCCAAUGAAGAAGAAUGAACCAGAGUUGCCAUUUGAUCCAGAGGGCAAGCUAUCUGAAUAUCAGAAAGAACUUGGGGUACCAGGACUCCUGGGCUUCAAUUACAUCAUAUGUGCACCCAGCCGUACCGGAAAGGCCUUGACUGCCGCAGUUGUCUGUAAUCAUCAGAGGGAACUAAGCCUCAUGAAACAGGACAAAAAGCCCUUCAAAUGUCUCUUUGUUACUCCUGGUGAUGCCAUCAAGGAACGUCACCGAAGAUCCUUUGUAGAUGUCUUCCCUCCAAGUGCUAUAGUAGUCCUGGACAGCACUUUCAAGUUCCGAGAAGUCUUUGACCAACCUUCCGUUAACCUUGUCAUGAUGACAGGCGUACGGCUUAGCGUUGUCCUUGAUGAAGGAGACCUUGAGUUUAGUGAAGUCCAUACAAUGAUCAUUGAUGAAUGCCAUCUUGCUGCAAGUGAUCAUCCUGGAUUUGGUGAGAUUAUCAAGAAGUAUCUGCUGGAAAAGAAGCGUAUACUUGCCAGCAAAGCACCAAAGGGAGCCUGGACAGUAGGGAAACCUUAUGGUGGAAUCGCACGUGUCAUUGGUUUGACUCCGCAUCUUGGGGCCGGGAUGAAGCAGUUCUGCAGAGACAACAUCGUCCAACAGUGUGGCCUCCUGGAUAGCAAAGGCAUCCGGAGGGUUGAGGAUGUCACCAACCUCACCGAUCUCCUAGACACCAACAAGCCACCAGAGAUAGACACCAUGCUCCUGACAUCUUCCUCUGGGUCUUCUGUCAAACGCAAUUUCAGGUUGGUAGACUGCAACUCUUUGUAAGCACCUUCCGUCCAUUGGAAGAACAUCCACUUUCAUUGCAUUAUCAAAACUCUACACAUCUCUUUUCGGAUCAGUCAUUUCAUAUUUCUUUCUCUCUUUUGUUUAUGUAUUAUGUAUUUUGAUGUUUUUCUUUUUAAAUGUUAUAUGUAUUGUGAACUAUGAAGAGUGCAGUAAUUGCUGGUUUUUAUUAGUAUUAAUGGCAGUGACUUGAUAUUUCCUUAUGUUGUGAUUUGUCUGAACAUAUUCGAUUAGGAUUAGUGUUGUGAACUUGUGAUAGGGUUUGGGGUUUCAGAAUUCUGUCAGGAUUAUUAUUAGGGUUAUUGCAUGGUUAAGAUUUACAUGUAGGUCAUGGCUCCCGUUAGGUUAGAUGUGCAAAUCUACGAUGAUUGUCAUUGUAGCCAGAGCAAGCAUCAUGGAACCUCUUUGGCUAGAAAUUAAACUGCUUUUGACAUGUGUGUCUUAAGACCACCAUACUACCCCCAAAUUUUGAAUAAAGCAGCGUAACAUUUGAUGUGAAUAUUGAGACAGAAAAUUUUAUUGUGCAAAUUUCUCAAUCUUCUUGCAUGUACUUUCGUUGAAAUCCAUGAUUAUGCUAACCUCCUGAAAAUAAUAUGAUAUAAACAGAUAAAGAAAAAUCAGACAAACAAAACACUAAAAAUUUGAUCAAAAUUGGACAAGGAAUAACAAAGUUAUGGCAUCUUAAAGAUUUGCAUUAUUCCGGUGAAACAGUCGUAGGCAUGUCUUCAUGAAUAUUCAAUGAGCAAAUCGAUGAUGUCAUAUCCCCACUUGUUCCUUUGUGUUUUAAAUAUGAAAUUAGGUUUAUUCACAUUUUUACUACCAAAAACUGAAAAAAUAGAUUGACAACUGAUUUAAUACAUUAGCUAUUCAUUGCUGCAACUUAUUUCAUUCCAAAGGAGACACAUUGUUUACACAUGUAUGAAAAUAUGAAACAAUUAUGACUUCAUGUAUU